CCAUUUGUCUGGAAAACAAGAUUUAUUACCUUAGAACCUUUUUUGCUUCGUUCAUGUCCAUUUUUUGAAAGAGGAAAAUUUGUGCAACAAUGUCGCCUUUAACAGUACUUUUAAUUGUUGGACUGUGUGGAAAAUUGUGUUUCUGCUUGAAUCUGACGAACCACGGGGAUGAUGUUGCACACCUGAAACAGCUUGUUCAACAGCUGAAUACCAGUCUUCAUCAAAUGGCUAUGAACAACAGAAAUGAGAUUAAUCAACUGAAAGCAAAUUUCAACACACAAAGUCAAGGUUCUAUUGCUUUCACAGCGACAUUAACGCAUAAUACGGAAUAUUUGGCUGGGAACACGGUUGUUUUUGAUAGAAUAAUUCUGAAUCUUGGAAACGCUUACCAUGAAAGUUAUGGACACUUCACGGUUCCAGUACGGGGUGUGCACCAGUUUUCCGCAUCACUGUUAAACAACGGGAAAGAUUCCUACUUUAAUAUUAUGAGAAAUGGAAACCAGAUGUUAUCGGAUAUAUAUACAAAAACUGGUUACAUUUCAUCUUCGUCCAUUGUUGUUGUGCAGCUAGAAGCGAGAGAUGUUGUCUUUGUCAAGGCAUCGACCACUGGUAAUUUAGAUGGAGGUUAUUACUGUAUUUUUAGUGGAUUUUUGAUUAAAUGAUUUCAUCAAAUGAUUCCAAUUGGAGAUUUGUUCUGUGUUAUGAGUUUUAUAAACAUAUGAAACAAAACUUUCGAAUUUUUAUUUUCUAUUUUAAAUUUCAUGAUAAAAAAGAACAAGGUAUGGUUUCCAUAUAAAUUUUGCCCUUUGAAUUU